AUAGUCUAUAGUUAAGUAUAGUUGAAGUUUGUCUAUUGGUUGUGUUUAACGAAUCAUAAACCAAUAACCAUAAAGUGUUGAUUUUUUCGAACGCAGUGGUUAAAUUAUUGCGGCUAAAAUUCAUAGAAAUAUGCAAUCUGGAAGUGGAUCUAAAAAUCCUCCAUGGGCUCGAUCAAAUGUGAAUACAAACAUGACGGGAAUAAACCCUCAAAUAAUGGAUCCCAACGCCAUGAUGACACAACAAAGCAUGAUGCCCUUUCAACAGACUCAAGCAAUGUUUAAUCCUAUGCAAGCCCAAGGUGGUAUGGCAAUGCAAAUGACAGGACAAAUGCCUAUGAAUCAAAUGGCUCAAGGUCAAAUGUUUCCCGGUAAUGUUGUGGCAUAUCCAACGCCGCGUGCAUUAAACCCCGGUAUCUAUCAAAAUGCACAAAAUAACCAAUCAUCAACAACUGAACAACGUGUAUUCACUGGCACAAUAACUAAAACUCACAAUGAUUUCGGUUUUGUGGAUCAUGAUGUGUUUUACCAAACCUCAGUAUGUGCAAAGGGUAUUAUACCCAAAAUUAAUGACCGAGUACUCGUAGAAGCAACAUUCAAUCCUAACAUGCCAUUCAAAUGGAAUGCUACUCGUGUGCAGGUCCUGCCUAAAGCGGGAGCUUGUCAAAAACCUCCGCCUACCAAAAGUAACUCUUAUAAUGCAGUACCACCACCAUCAGUCGCAAGGAAAGCGCCUCCAUCAAGACGUGAUGAGCGUCCCACAAGAAGAGAUGACAGAAAAAGAUCCAGAACAAGAAGCAGAACUAGGUCUAGAGAUAGACGUGACAGCCGUGCUCGUAGAGAUUCACCUCCUCCUAAACGAUCAGUUGUAAGACAACCAUCACCAAUUAAGUAUUCUGUGAGAGUUCCCCGCAUACCAUUAGAUAUACAAAAAGUUGAUGUCCCUGCAUUGUCUCAAAGAUACACAAACUUAUAUAUACCAUCUGAUUUCUUUUCUGCCUGUGUGAGGUGGGGAGAGACAUUUCCUCCUUCUACACCACUGUCUCUCAACAACUCUUGUAGCUACCAUAUUAUGAGUAAAGAAAUCGAGAAUCCAAAUAAAAAUGACACAGUAUUGGAACCUCCUGAUGCAGAUUAUAGAUUUUCAGCUAAGGUAAUGCUAAUGAGUAUGCCGACGUUAGAGGCAUUGUACCAAAAGUGUGGACUUACAAAAUUAGAGAAAGAAGAAAAAGAUAAGCGCCCAAACAAUAAGACUGCACUGCAUCCUACACGCCUUAUAAAAUUCUUAGUGGGACAAAAAGGGAAAGGUGGCGAAAAUUUUGCAAUUGGGGGACCAUGGAGUCCUUCAUUAGAUGGUGAAAAUCCCCAAACAGACCCAAAAGUAUUGGUUAAAACAGCGAUACGAACAUGUAAAGCAUUAACAGGCAUCGAUUUAUCUUCUUGUACACAGUGGUACCGAAUGGUGGAGUUUUACUACUGGCGCGAGGGCAGCGGCAACAAGUCGCGGCUCGAGUGUGUGGUGUUGUUCCUGCCAGACGUGUGGUCCGCACAGCCUUCGCGUAUCGAGUGGAGCAGCGUUCAGGACCAGUAUAAGGCGGCGUGCGAUGCGGCCAUCAGGAAACUUGACGGCGCCAGCUCGACUGUAGACAAGAAGCAGCCGUCUGCGGCGACUGCUGCGGGGGCGGAAACUGCGGCCGAUGCAGAAAAUUGCGAAAUUGAAGCAACAAACGUUGAUGAUGGUACAAUAACAAUAGACGAAAACGAUGAGGAUAUCAAACUUGAUCUUGAAGCAAUGAACGCAGAACAAUUGCGAGAAGAAUUAAAAAAAUGUGAUUACAAAUCUAAGGGAUUACGAUCUCAAAUAAUUUCACGUUUGUCGGAACUUUCAAAAACCGACAAAGAAGAUGGAGGGGACGUCAUGGAUCUAGAAGAUGAUGAGAAUUUAGAAAACAAUAGUCAUGAAGACAACACAAUUCAGUCACAAAAUGAGGAAGAAGAGAAUAAAGGGGACAACAUAGAAGAUGAAAAACCGAAUGACGAAAAACAGAAUGAACCACAAGCUAAUUCUAAAAAAGACGAGGGAGAACAAAAAGAAAUAAAGAAGACAGAUAAGGAAGUAGAAGAAGAAAAGAAAAAAAUUGAAAAAGAAAAACAAAACCUUAAGUCCCGUUAUGAAAUACCAAAUUCACCACACAUUUUGGUGCAUCCGUCAGCCACCGCUAAAGCCGGUAAAUUCUGCUGCAAUGUUGCAACCCUGUCGUGGAUGCUAGACUACAGGGUUACCGACAACAAGGAACACAGCUUCGAGCUAUUUGUAUUCGCGGAGCUUUUCAACGAAAUGUUAAUGAGGGAUUUCGGUUUUUAUAUUUAUAAAACCUUAUAUACACUACCAGAAAAAACUGAGGAAAUCAGUGAUAAAAGUUCUGAUAAAGCCGAGAAGAAGGACGAAAAGAAAACCGAGGAAAAAAAAGAUGAAAAAAAGGAUGAUAAAGAUAGAAAAGAAGACAGGCGUGAUGAGAAACGUGAAUCGCGUGACGACAAACGAGAUUCUCGGAAACGAGAAGUAAAAGAUUCUCACAGCGAUGAUGAGGGUACUGGCUCCCCGAACCGACGCAGUCGCGGUGUUGAGUUACCUCCAGAUCCGUAUCUACUUCUGUCACUUGUGUAUUUUGAUACAGCUCGAGGUGGAACAAUGACCAAAAAAGACCUACAAAAUUUAUUCAUGAGCCUCGGUUUGCGCUUAUCUCGAUCACAAAUACGCUCCAUAUUAGAAAAAGUUUGCAUCAAAGAACUGUUCAAUUACAAGUAUUUAAUAGGAGCUAUCAAAGAUCUGUCUUCAGGCUCAUCAGAGGUAAUACAAGAUCUGCCUCUAGAAACAACAGUGAGUUCUGAUGAUGUACCAUCACAUAUCACAGAGUUGGAAGAAACUAUUGCAGCUGGUAACCGUCUCUUGCUGCCUGUUUUCAAAGAUUCUAAUGAAGUAGAUGAAGAAGAUGGCUCUAAGAAGACGAUCGAUAUUUCUGACUCUGGUAUCGUGAGCUACAAGAACCGCGUAGUGGACGUGGGUGCACUGGUGAGCAGCACGUCCCGCUGGGCGGCGGAGCGCGCGGCGCUGGAGCGAGCGCUGGAGUCGACCCGCAGCGCGCUGGCGGCGGCCCGGCGCGCCGCACUCAGCACGCAGCAAGCACAGCGCGGCGCACAGGACCAGCUCUCCGACCUCACCGCCAGCCUCGCCGCCGCACGGGCCCGUGUCACCACACUCACAGCCAGUUCAAAAAUAUUUCAUUCAACAUUGAAGAGCAUACAGUCUAAAGUGGAAGCGGUAAUUAAUAUCAAGUAUGAAGAUGAUGACGUCAUCGAAAUUGUCAAUGGUCCUUCAAAGGAUCAAAGAAACCAAAAAGAGAAGACAGAAAAAGCAAAAGAAACUAUAGAAGAACAGACAGAAAACCGAAAUGAUGAAGAGACUUGUAUUAAUAUUGACAAUAUCGCCACAGAUGAAUCACAACAGAAACAUGCUGAAGUAAAAGAAGAUAUUGCUUCCAGUGAUAAUAUGGAAAUUGAUGACAAAGAAUAAAUUUUGAUACAUGGUAUAUAUACCGAGCUAUGACUAUUUUGGAUAAUGUAUCACUUCACACUCUACAAUCCUCAUAACGAUCAAUCUAAAAAAGCGUCAUGAGACUGGUUAAAUUUAUGAUUACAUCUUAAUAAAAAAACAUGAACACUGUGUUUGCUGUGAAUUAUGAACAAAUUAAUGUUUGAAUACAAGCGGUCAUAAUUUCAGUUAAAAAUGGACCAAUCUGUGUUCGUUUUUGAUGAUUGUAUUGGUGUAUCCAUACGGAUUGAUACUGCAACUUUCGGAUUAUUAGUCACGAAGCAAUCGCAUGUCCCGCCCUAUAAAGGACGAAGCACGAUAUACCAUAAAUAUAUAGAUAUUCCAAUACAAAGGAGACCUCAUGAUCUUUGUGCCAGAUAUAUUUUCUAAUUACUUAAUUAGUGGUAAAUUACGGUCACUUGCAUGUUACCAAAACAUGCGGUUUUUUUAUAUCUAUUAGUAUUGUUUUUUUUUCCAGUCAAUAUUAAAGGGGUGAAUUAUUAAAUUUCAGUCGUAAAUAGAUGACUUUUGUAUAUAGAUGACUCAGGAAACACCUGUUACGGAAGUAUUUUUAAGAUGCUGAAUCUUCUCAUGUUACUUAAAAACCAAAAUGUAUCCUAAACUUAAACUUGAGUUAAAAGUAAAAUAACUAAACUAAUUGAACAAGUUUCCAAACACUAUUAAAGUCCAUAAGGUCUAUAAGUUUACUUGUAUACUGUCAAUGGUCACAAGUUUUCACAUUUGUUCUGAGCAACCUGUGCUAGCUGGCCUCUGCGAUAAGAAUAGAUCGAGUUAAGGUUUAUGUAACGUUGGGCGAAACGGAUAAUUUAAAUGCCUUCACUAGAUUUUAAGAAGUUUAAAAUAAAUAAGAUUCAAAAUGACACAAUAAAAUGUUUUAUUUAAUAAAAUGCAAAUUGGUAUUUAGGACUUAAGUUGUAAAUACAGUGUUACUUCAAAUCAGCCAAGAAAUAAUAUAAUUACAGUAUCUUAUUAAAAGUAAUAACAUUAAAUUUCAAAUAUUUGAUUAAUAAUAAAAAGCCUAUAUUUUUAGUGUUCCGAUUUCUCAAACAUUUACGUUAAAACAUAAAAUAAAUCUUGUUUGUAUAUGUAACUAAAUGCUAAUUCUCAUUAAACAUUGCCGUUAACCAAA